UCCAGUUACUUCAGUUACUUGUCCCAUUAUAGUAUAUAGCAGUUGACUACAUUAUGUAUGCACGCGAACUCACCUAUCCGUAAAUAUGUCCCCAAAACUGAUAUGAAAAAGAGGAUGUUAUAUUUUUGUCAUGCAAAUGAGCAUGCUUUAUUUGCAAUAUAUAUCUUUUUUUAGUUUAAGCAGUCAAACGUAAACCAAGGGUUACCAGAUGUAGGAAUAUAAGUUUGACCUAGUCAAUAUGACAUACAUAUCAGAUUAUUUUUUUCAGUCCCUGGAUAUGUAACAGCGUGAGAUAUUUACUCUUUUGAAAACAUUUAUAAAAUACAAAAUUGCAUAACGAGGAAAAACUGUGUCAGUUCAAAACAAUUUGGAUAAAAGCAAUAGUUAAACAUUGUGAGGCGGAUAGCUGGACAAAUUAAAUGCGCAUAGUGCAAUAUCACUGAUAUAUAUUGGAACGUCACAGAACUCUAAUCCAAUGGAUUCAUUGCAAUUUCCAAUAUUACUCUUGAAAUUCACAGAAAUUUGUUUAUGCGUUAAUUCAUUGUUUCAUACAACUUUAUCUAGGAGUGCAUAGAGAAGAUAAGUUUAAUAGUACAUAGCUAAAGUAACGGUGGCGGUACCAGGAUAUAUUGCGUUGCUUCCGGGGAUAUAUUGUCCCAUAAAGUAUUCGCUUUAUAUCUGGAAAAUGCAUUUGACUUCGACUCUGUGAUUGACGUCGGAUAUUAACAAUAUCUUCAUUUUUAUAUAUUUGGAAACACAAUAUGGGCAUUCUGCUGGAAGUUAAUCCUCUAAUUAUUAUUUUUUGUCUCGUAACGUUUAUUGGAUUUUUAUACAGAUAUAUGAAGGAUACCUACUCUGUUCUCGAACGACUUGGUAUACCAGGACCAAAACCAAUAUGGGUAUUCGGCAAUGUUCUGGAGUUCAAAGGGAAGAAUGUGUUGAAGGUUUUUGAUGAUUGGAAACAAAAAUAUGGGAAAGUUUACGGAUUUUACGAAGGCUUUCGUGCUGGUAUCGUUAUAAAUGAUGUCGAUUAUGCACAAGACAUAUUGAAUAGAUACUUCGACAAGUUCAGCCUUCGCACUAGUUACCGCCCUUUUGUUUAUUACCCUGACAACUUGCGGCUAAUUGAAAUAGACGGCGAUCAUUGGAAGAAUCAGCGAAUUGUGUUUAAUAAAAUGUUGAACUCACCAACCACUAUAAAAUUGGUUAUUGCCAAAAUGCAGAUAACAGCAAAGGAAAUGCUUCAACAAAUAUCUGAUGAAUUAAAAACGGUAUCUGACGGUAUCAACAUAUCAAGUGCCAUAGACCACUACGUGUCAGAGGGGAUCAUUCGAAUCGCUUUAAAUCCAGAUGACGACAAACUUGCAAAAUACAAACAGCCAGUGUAUGAAUACGAAAUUCAGAGUAAUUGGUCUGCAUCUGCAGACAAUGAAACUGGUGGAUUAGCUCGCAUUUUUCCUUGGCUGGUACCAUUUCUAAGAGUUGCCGACAAGAAAUAUAAAGAUGAACAUGACAAUAUUGUAGCAAUUCUCAGACAGUAUACUGAUGAAACUUCUCCUCAGAACAAUAACCAAGAUACCCGAGAGGUCCACGACAGUCUGUUUGCUGUGCUCUCCUCGUCUAAAGUACCUUGUCGGGACGUUGAAGGCCGUCUUGCACAACGAACAUUAGCUACUGAUGAAAUAAUUGCUCAUAUGUUGACACUUCUGAGUGAGGUACAUCCAACAACGACGGCAUUAAUUCAGUUCAUUUUGUAUGAACUGGCUUGCCAUCAGGAUUGCCAAGACAAACUAUACGACGAAAUUCAAAAUAUGAGCAGUCAGUAUGAGGAGCCGUCAUAUGAAGAAUUACAGAAUAUGGAGUAUUUGGAUAUGAUUAUAAACGAGACAUACCGCCACCAUCCUGUAGCUCCAGGGGUAUCUCGUGUAUGCAGCGAAAGUUGUACAAUAAGAGACGUACGCUUUGAAAAAGGCAUGGUGGUGAGGGUGAUGACCUGUUCAAUGUACAAAGAUGAAAAGUUGUUCAAUCAACCGGAAGAUUUCAUUCCCGAAAGAUUUUCUACAGAAAACAGACGAAAUUGUCACCAGUAUAGUUUUCUUCCAUUUGGUCAAGGUCCAAGAAUAUGCCCCGGACAGAAGCUUGCACUUAUCAAAGUAAAGAUAGCAAUUAUCAGUAUUGUAAAGAACUACAAGUUAACUACCUGUAAAAAUACAGAGAUUCCUCUUCAACAAGCGUUACGUCCAUCUCUGACACCAGCGAAUGGAGUUUGUAUACAAUUGUCAAGACGCGGGUCUUAAGAUAUAUAUAUAAAACACAUAUUCGUCGGAACUAAGUUUUAUUCUCAUCGGAAUUCCAUGCAUAAGGCAUUCGAAGCUCUGUCGGGUCUACAUAAGACAUUUAAGUGACUGUAUCAAUACUUAUAUAUACUUGUAUCAAUUCAAAACUUUGACGAUAUCAUCCAAGAAUGCCUAUCAGUUGAUCUACCUCUUAAUUUCUGAAAUCUCCGAGCUGUAUUUGUAAACAUUAUUUCAACCCGAACACCUCAUGUGCAAGGCGUUUGGACAAUUAAAGACAAUUAUUAACCCUCAGAAACUCAGAUAUUUUUCUUUCUGUAGAAAUGGCAAACAUAUUUAGUAACUGUUAUAUGAUAGUGGAUUUAGAACAAAUAUCGUGACCUGAAGAAAGUAGCAAUGAUUGUGAAGAUAUCUGUGAUAAAGUUAAAAUGUUAACAGAAUAAUAUAUAAUGAUAGAUACUGAUACAAAGUAUGUUCGAUAUUUUCAAGUGCUUAAGAGUACUAUUUUAAUUAUUGUUUUACAUCUUUGUGCAUAUUAAAGUCAUUUUCAAGUAACAUGCGAAGAUAAUUCUAUUAAGUCCUAGUAAAUGACGAAAAUUGUUGUAAAUAAUUACUUACUUAAUUCGAUGAGUCUUUUAAAAGUUUUUUUUCUAUAAUAUUACUUUCCAAUUCGUUCAAUGAAUUCGAGUCGGAGCCCAAAGUCAUUCAGUGAACUUGGCUUUGAUAAUCCUAAUUAAACUACUUAUUAUUUCAAAUAUUCAAAUUCUAUUAUCUCACAGCAUAAUGUGGAGGGGGCUGUACUGGAAUCACUUUGUCGGCCAGUCGAUCUAUCCCUCCGACCGUCUUCAUUGUAGCCGCUUUUAACUUUUCACUUAAAUAUAGCAAUGUGUAGAACCCAUGCCGCCGCCGUCCUUUGAAAGCAAUUUAGUGUCGGCUCUUUAAUUUUCUUCAGACUUGCUUCAUAUGAUCACCUUAACAAGGAAAUGCUGCUUGUGCAGAUUUAAGGUUAAGGUCACCCUUGAAGGUCAAAUAUAACACAAUUUCGUGUCAGCUCUUUCGAUGGUAUGCCCUUUGAAGGAUAUUCUUCGUACUUUGUUCAAAUUUUCACUGUAGCAAGAAAAUGUGUAGAACCAUUGCUGCAAUUGUGCAAGGUCAAGUUAACGCCUAAAGGUCAAAUAUUUGAUAAUUUUGUGUCCCCUUUAUAAAUCCUGAACCCCUGAAAGGAAUUUUGUUAAACUUGCUUCAAACAUUCACUUCAACAAGGCAAUGUGAAAAACAUAUGCUGUUUCUGUGUAGGCUUCAGGUCAAGGUCACCCUUGAAGGCCAAAAUUCGAAAAUGUCGUGCCUGCACUAUACAUUCAUACUUUCCAAAACAAAAUUCAGACUUAACUAUAUAAAAUGUUGUCUUUCAAAAAUAAUGAUAAAUUGAUCUGCAUAAUAUUCUGUGCCACAUAGAUCAGGUAGGGAUAUUCUUCAUACCUUUGGCAGCUCUAGUUAUUUAUAGAUAGUUAAUGCUUCUUCUUGUUUCAAUUAUUGAAGCGUGCGUCGCUUUAAACAGGCGAAGAACAUUUGUGUCACUAGACUUUAUGUUGUUUUUAUUAUACUAAUUAAUCUAAUUGUAUUUUAUUUAUCAAUAACUUGUUAUACGGUUAAAUGGUUAUAUAUUUAUAUAUAUAUACUACUGUUUCAUCAGAAUGUUAGAAUACUUACAUGUUUUAAUAAAGAAUUUGUAUC